UGAAGAUUUUUUAUUGUACCUACUAGUACUAGGAGACGGCCGCGACGAAGGAAGAACACGUCAUGCUCCCUUUUCUAUUUGAAUUUGUUCCCGCUCUGUGUGCCGUUCGUUCUGGUCGUCCUGUUAAGGCAAAAGAAGGAGAAAUACUACUUGAUCAUCAACAUUUGAAUCCGCAAUUAUAUAUUCUGAUUUCUUGCCUGGAGAUAGCGGUAGGUACUUCCAACUAGAGGUCUCUGGUGCUUUUACUUAGAAGUGUAAGUCCUCGUGCAACAAGUAGAGCCGGUUCGUCGUGCCAGCAGUUGUACAACUACAAGUGUCGUACUACAAGUCAGUGCUCUCUCCACCAGAUCCAGGUGCUUCUAGUAGAUCUGUAUCACCAACGAGAAACCUCUUUUGACCAAGAUGUCCUCUUUCGUUUUCGCCCGUCGCUCGUCUGUCGCUAGUACUUUGCUCGCCUGCGUGACCACCAGCCUCGCGCUGGGCGUCGAUGCGGUAAAGACGCAGAACAAGAAGGGGGCUCUUGUGGAGCUGCAGGAAACGAAAAAACUGAAAAAUGCGGCAAAUAAUAAAUCGGCGGCCUCCGCAUCCUCGGAAAUAAAUUUCCAGAAGUCCUUGCACAAACUCGGGGAAUUUCUGGAGUCCAAGGCGGAUUCGACGAACACUUUGGCCAACCUCCUCGUGGUGAAAAAGACCAAGCAGGAUCCGGCGGCGCCGCCGAAAGCGGUACUAGAAUGAAAAUAGCCUUUGGCUUUAGUAUUAGCUAUGUACGCAGAAGCUGUUGCAGCAGAUACGGCAGUGAAAAGAAUCACGUGGCUAACAUGAUGAAGGGAACACUAAAUGAAAAGUGCUGCCUGUAUUAGUUGUUAUCAUCAUGUGAAAUAGCAGCUCUUCAUGUUGCACUGUACCUAUUCAUAACUGAAACUGUAACUGUAUCAAAAACAUAAACAAACGCAAUAAACCAGGCUACGGAAGUCGACAAGGCGGGGUACGAGGCGGACUGGGGUACAGAGCACAAGGAGGGACCUAUGCCAGAAAAAAACAAUGUGAGUGUAACAAGUCUGUGAUGGAGAAAAUGCAAAACUGCUACACUUGUCAUGCUGGAUCUGCGUCAUAGGCUACUUUCGUAAUAUGUGUUUCCACGUACUAGCUGCGCAUGACAAGUUUUCCCUGUAAUGCAAAGCGACUUUGCGAUGCUGUUCUUCCUACAAAGUUACACUUACACACUUUUUUUCCUGGAUAGGACCCUACCCCGACGAAGCCAAGGGUAAGGAGCACCACGAGGACUACGGCACCCAUGUGAAGCCGGCGGUGGAGCGGGCCCUGUUCUUUAACAGCUGGUUCUGGUGGUAUGACGUACAGCUGUUUUUUCUUUUUUGUCAUGAUGUGUUUCUGUUUCGGGGUAAUAUCAGGUUCUUCAGGUGUCGACUUGUUACGAUGCGUGGUGGAUCAUCACAUUUUGAUAAGAUUUUAUACGCUAUAAGAUUCGAACAAACAUUUUCGCUUAAUAGGAUCUCCUGCGGCGUGUUCAUCGUGCUGGCUGUGGCGGGAAUCGUCAAGUUCGUGGCCAGCCGGCGCGCGGCGUAAACGAAUUCAAAACGACUAUACGUACGAUCGGGAUCAUUCUUCGAGGCGGUACAGGUUGACAUACAAGGUGUAGUAGUGGGCAAGGAGCCGGUGCUGCACGAUACAAGAUACAGCCACGAGGACUUCCAUGUAGGAUUUAUUCGAACAUUCACUGCUCAGUUGUACGAGAACAGAAUCAGAAGCUACGUCCACGACGAUCAUAUCGACCGAACAUUUUU